ACUCUCUUUAAUACAACACAAAUGUUUAAUAAAUUAUUUGGCAAAACCAAGCCAAAAAAGACAAUAGAAGAUGAAGAGAGUGUGCUACCCGAUGAACAUAGUUCGACUGAUCAAUCCACACCGUCCUCAGAACAUACACCAAUCAAAGAAGAAGACUUGAAAUUCUAUCAAGGUGGUGUACGAGAACGAUUUAAGCCCGUCGUCAAAUGGGUGGGGCGCAUUGGCUUUAUUGCCAAAGGCGUAGUCUAUGGCUGUAUUGGUGUCUUGACUUUGACUAAUCUAUCUGGCGCCCACACACCUAACGGAAGCGAGGGCAAUGAAUCACCACAGGGUGCCUUUUUAUUACUAGGUGGUAUUCCAUCAGUAGGAAAACCUAUUCUUGUCAUUAUGGCCAUCGGAUUAUGUCUGUAUAUUAUUUGGAGAAUGUGGGAAGCGAUUUCAGGUCAAGGUUGCGACGCAACGUUCAGCAAAAAAAAGAACUUCUUUCGAUACAGAUUAUCACCUUUUGUUAGUGGUUGCGUUUACAUUGUCUAUGCCUAUUAUAUCUUUCAGAUGCUUGCACAAACCGAGCAAGAACAACAAGAAUCCGCCUCUAGUCAGCAAUUCCCCGCUUCCUGGAGUAAAACCAAGCUUGGUAAAGCAGGUGUUGGUAUUAUUGCGAUUGCAUUUGUCAUUGCCUUCUUUACACAAAUCAUCAAUGCCAUCACAGGAAACUUCAUCAAAGAUCUUAAAACCAGUGAACCUGACGCCAAUAAAUAUGAAGCCUUUAUUGUUCAUUUGCUAGGUCGUAUCGGUUUUGGAGGAAGAGCAGCUUUGUUUGGGACUAUGUCCGGUUUCUUUUGGGAUUCGUUAGCUAGACAGAAUGAAUCCGGCAACAAAAAUAUGGUGGCUGCAGCCAUGGCCAAAUUAUCGACAUCGGGUGGCGGUAGAUUCUUUAUGGGUCUUAUUGGUGUUAGUCUCGUCAUUUACGCUCUGUUUGCUGUUCUAAAUUCGUAUUAUAAGUAUUUCCCAAGCCCACCUCAAAGUAGAGUCACUUACCACACCAACAAAACUGUGAAUCCUGAAGAAGACUAAAAACUAAAAACGUUACACCUGUAUUUAAUAUCUACCUCAUAUACUGUAUAUAUAUACCAAAAAUAAAUAAUCCUUAAUUACUUAUCCUGUAUGACAGCU